AUGAUUGCAACCAGGGUAGGACUUGGUGGAUUGCCGAACAUAUUGCAUCGGCAAUUGUGUAGCAGUUUGCAGCCGAAACGAUACGGAUUGGCCCAAUACCAACGCACCCUAAAUGUAGCUACAGCUAGCUCGCUGAUAAGUGAUACGAAAACAACCCUUCCAGUGGCAUCACACGGUCACAGAAUGUUUUCCAGCAUUAACUAUCUGCGAGGUGAUCUGGAAUGUACGGCCGGGACGAUGAACGAUGUGAAACAAACGAUAAUAAAGAAACUUGGAAUUGAAGUCGGGUACACGCCGUUCGUUAGCACCCGGGAACAUCUGGCACAGUAUGUACCUCCAUCCGUUAGUGUCCUUCCACCACGCAGCAUGCAGGAUUCAUUUACAUCGGCAAUAAUUCCGCUAACCACUGAUAAAAUUCUCAAGGACAAGUACGUCGGCUUCAUGGGAAAUGUGCGCGUUGGCCGACUGAUGGAAGAUAUGGAUAUGUUUGCUGUUUGGGUGGUUCAUAAGCAUAUAUUGCUACCGGACCUACCAGAAGGUGUUUCCCUACCGUAUACCUUUGUAACCGUUCUGGUGGAUAAGAUCGAUUUUACCGAUCUAGUACCAACUCAUGAUGCCGACAUUCGUCUUUCCGGCCAUGUGAGUUGGGUGGGACGAACCUCUGUAGAGGUAGUAGUCUGGAUGGAGCAGAAACUGCACGGCAAGUGGCGCAAGCUUACCCGUGCGCUAUUCCUGAUGGCAGCUAGGGAUGCUACCAACACAAAGGCUGCCUUUAUCAAUCCACUAGUGCCUGCCAACGAAGAGGAGAAAACAAUUUUCGAUGGCGGAGAAUCGCGAAAAAAACGACGCAUUCAGAUGCAGCAGGAGGAUUUGCUCAAGACUGAACCAAACGAUUUUGAGCAACGGAUGGUACAUGAGCUGUUCGUAAAGUCCAUCGAUACCAAGAGCAAAGCGUUCAACAAACGCAUCCUGCCACCGGGAUAUGUUUGGAUGGAGGAAGCCACUAUGGCGAACAUAGUGUUCUCUCAUCCUGAAGAUCGCAACGCCCACAAUAAGGUGUUCGGUGGAUUCUUGAUGCGCAAUGCGCUCGAAUUGAGCUGGGCGUUGGCAUACAAUUUCGCCAAGCGUCGCCCAAAACUGGAGCACAUUUCGGACAUUAGCUUCCAUCAUCCGGUGGACGUGUCUUCGAUGCUGAACAUGCAGGCGCAUGUCAUCUUUACCGAUCUGCAUUACAUGGAAAUUGUUGUGCUAGCGGAUGUGUACGAUGCGGUGACUGGGCAGCAAACGACCACGAACAGUUUCUACUACACGUACUCGGUUGCCGAGCGAUUACCCAAGAUAAUGCCGAAAACGUACCACGAGGCAAUGUAUUAUUUGGACGGACGCCGAAAGUUCCGCUACGCUAUGGGAAUCGAUACUGUGAUGACAUCUACACCGCCCGCGGGAACGACGGACCCAACGAAGAGCAAAUUGUGA